UGCCCUAAAUCCGUUAAAAUACAUACAUUUUACAAUGAGAUAUGUGUAUGAAACGUGGCACAGGCAGUUACCAGUUGAAAAAGAUGCCGUACAGAGGAUCAAAAAAUGUAGAAAGCCUAAUGAAAAGGGACAGCCUGGUUUUACAGUCUGGCAGGAGGAUAGCACUGAGAUUAGGGGAUUGAGCAAAAAGCCGGUGUGCAGAAUUGCGGGAUUUUAUAUAAUGGCUUUAGUAAGUAUCCUUUAGGACCCAGUGGAAAUGUUCAGUGAGGCAAACUUGGUGAGUAAUGGCCAAUCAUUAAGUGGUGAUGAGAGAAAAGCUCUGAACGCGAAGCCCCCGAGAGCCUGUCGAAUGCAUCACGCCGGGAACGCAGCGUUUCUGCCACUGAUCGCCGACCAACGCCACACGCCAGUAGAGCUGAUUCAAUGUUUAAGCCCGGGGGGACUUGUACUGCACGAGGUCACUGGAGUGCAGAGUGCUCGGCUCCCAUUUCCAGCAAGAUGCCUUACUUCGCAAAACUCCUUUUAUUAAUCUUCUGCUUAGUUCUUCUUGUGGAAAGCAGAAAGCACAGGAGGAGGAGGUGGACGAGCCAUCUGGAUGUGCAGAGGGCCAGUCACAUCUUUAAGAAGAAUCGUGACUUGACCAAAGCCUGGAAAGGAAAGACAGACCAGCUUCUCAGAGUCGAUGAACAUGACUUCACCAUGCGGCCGGCCUUUGGAGGCCCUGCGAUUCCUGUUGGGGUGGAUGUGCAAGUUGAAAGCUUGGACAGUAUUUCUGAGGUUGACAUGGAUUUCACUAUGACCUUGUACUUAAGGCACUACUGGAAGGAUGAACGUCUCUCAUUUCCCAGCACCAACAACAAGAGCAUGACCUUUGAUGGCAGGCUGGUGAAGAAGAUCUGGGUCCCUGAUGUCUUCUUUGUGCAUUCCAAGAGGUCCUUCAUUCAUGAUACCACCACGGACAACAUCAUGCUGCGAGUGUUCCCUGAUGGGCACGUCCUCUACAGCAUGAGGGUCACAGUGACAGCAAUGUGCAACAUGGACUUCAGCCACUUCCCCCUGGACUCUCAGACGUGCUCUCUGGAGCUGGAAAGCUAUGCUUACACUGAUGAAGAUCUGAUGCUGUAUUGGAAAAAUGGGAAUGAAUCUCUUAAAACUGAUGAAAAAAUUUCUUUGUCUCAGUUUUUGAUACAAAAAUUCCACACCACAUCAAGACUGGCUUUCUACAGUAGCACAGGCUGGUACAAUCGCCUCUAUAUAAACUUCACAUUACGCCGACACAUUUUCUUCUUCUUGCUCCAAACCUACUUCCCUGCCACUCUCAUGGUCAUGUUGUCCUGGGUGUCCUUCUGGAUUGACCGACGAGCAGUUCCUGCCAGAGUCUCUUUGGGGAUAACCACUGUGCUGACCAUGUCCACGAUCAUCACUGGGGUGAAUGCCUCCAUGCCUCGUGUUUCCUACAUCAAAGCAGUGGACAUUUACCUGUGGGUCAGUUUUGUGUUUGUCUUCCUCUCGGUGUUGGAAUAUGCGGCGGUGAAUUACCUGACAACAGUGCAAGAGCGGAAGGAGAGGAAACUGCGGGAGAGGUUUUCAUGUUCAUGUGGAAUACCUCACUCAAAAACUAUGAUGCUGGAUGGAAACUACAGUGAAUCUGAUGCCAACAGCCUGGCAGGAUAUACAAGAAACCAGAUGGUACCAGAAGAAGAAAAACCAGAAAAGAUGGUUGUACAUUUAGCUAUGAGCAAUGAAUCUAAUUCAUCAAGGAAGAGAGGCUUGAAGGGCCACGUGGGCUUGCGCAUCAUCCAGAACACUCAUGCAAUUGAUAAGUAUUCAAGAUUAAUAUUCCCAGGCACCUAUAUAUUUUUUAACUUGAUUUAUUGGUCUGUCUUUAGCUAAGCAUGCUGGCACAGCAGUGACUGAAUCAGUCUACAAAACACUCUUUUGUUGGUACUUUUUUUGUCUUAAUCUGAACACAAAGCUAGAAACCUGAUUAUUUUAUUGCUUCUUUGAAGGUUAAAUGGGAGGACACAUCUUCCAGGAGGCAAUUCCAUGCGCAGGCCUCAGGGAGGAACUUGCUGUACUGGUUGGUUUCCAGCCCAACCUCUUGCUCCCAUUUGCUUUAUGACACAUGCCAUUUCUCAUACUUGAAAAUAUGUGUCCACCAUACACCCAAAAGGUGCUGGAAGUUCAUUUGGGGCUGGCCACGCUGGUGGUGCCUGCUGUGCAAUGGACAACCAAAGGCAGUGCUCAUGUGAGCUGUAAGGAAUUAAAUCAAUGUAGCUUGUGUGGGGAGGUCUGGACAGUGCUUUUCUUGUAAGGAAACUGAAUGAGCACUUUCCUUUACUUUUGAGAAAAUUCUUUUGUUUUUUCUUUGGCAUAUAAACGUAACUUUUUCUCCAUUGUUUUGUGACGAACACCUCCUUUAAGGGUACAGAUUCUGCUUUCUGUCUGGAUAGGACCUUCAUCAGUUCCAUUAGGACAGCUGGCUGGCCAGGAUCAGCUGGGCUGGUUACAGAGCACAGGUGGUAUGUUUGAGUUAGCGGGGUCUUUUUCUAGAUUACAAAGUGCAGCCCACAGACAAACUGUGUACCCCAAUGUGCCUCUCCCAAUCAACACAAUGCCCUUCUGUUCAGACAUUUGGGAUCAAAAGGAAUACAUGUCUGCCAGCACCUCUCUGCAGAAACAGAGGCAUGUCAGAGAUUAAAUGGCCAAGAAUAAUACUGUGGGUCCAAGGUUGAUGUAAGUCCUUUGAAGCUGCUGCACAGCAUUGUAACAAGCUUAUGUGCUUGGCAGUUUUCCCUAUCCCAUGAUAUUUCCUUUUCCUUUGAUAACACCACUGACAGAAAAACCCAAACAACAAGAUAGCAACAAGACAGCGAAGUUCAGGUUUGUGUGCUCCUUAUUUUAAGAAAACACCAUGACUUUUUGGCUGUCGUGGAGAUUAUCUACAUCAAAACGCUUGUUUACCAAGCUGAAGCUGAGCAGUGGGAGCAGACCUUGAAGUAUAAACAGCCAGGACUGAGGUUAGAAUAAAGAAAAAGCAAACAAAAAUACUGAUGUAACUGUAAUUAUUUGUCAGAACAUGAAAUUUUCUGCUUACCAUAGCAGGAAUUCUUACAUCCUAAAUCUCAGAGGAUCCAGAAAGGAGCAGCAAAAUGGCAGCUCUUGGCUGUCAACAAUACCCAGAUUUUCCCUUGUGCCUCAAAUAUUACUGCCUAGGUCAAGCUGAUGAUGGCACCGAUUUAGUGGAAACAAAAUUGAUGGGAGAAGCUAAAAUUAACAACUAUGUUCCCCUUUAAUCAGCCAUGUUAAUUUCUGACAUGAAUGGAGCUCUGUCUGGUCAUAAAAGAAAGAAACCACAGCUCUGACAUUACCGAUAAGAAGGGGAAGGACAGUGAGGGGCAGGAUUUCCCAGCCUGCCGCUUGUCUCCUGAGCCACCAGGUCAGUGCAUUUACCACUCAUUGCUCAUGCACCUGAAACCUGGAUACUUCUCACAGUGACAUGUGGAGAUCACUACAAGAAAGACACAAAAAAUAUUAAAGAAAUAGACCACUCAUCUUUUGAGAGGUUAAAGCCUGGGCAUAACAGUGCAUUCUUCAGCAUUUGCAGUUUUGAGUGUAAAAAAGGAGCCAGUGUCCCAGCUGGCAGCAGGACAGUUGCAGCAAAGGGACCUUUGCUGGGGAAAGGCAGCAGAACUACACCGUGAAGCCACCAGAGAGUUCAGGGAGUGAGAAACUCGGUUCCUGUGCCCCCCUGUUUUGCCAGUCUUUUGGCAUUACCCAUGGCACAUGCCAUUUAACCUCGCAGUGCCUCAGCUCCUCCAUCAAGAAAGUGAGGAGCACUAGGAUUUGCCUACCUCAUAAGGUGCCUGAGGGGCUCAACAGGCUUAGAUAGCACGUGUGUGGGGCAAGCCUAUGAUUUCUAAGCAGGUCACCCAGUGGGAAUUCAAUUUUGUAUUAGUUACCACUGAGUUCUUCAAAUGCAUCCUCUGAACCAGUCCAGUUGGAAGAAAGCAGGUAUCUCUCCUGCCUUAUCAUGCUAUAACAACUCCUCUGCAUUACAAUGAUAUUAAACCAGGUGUAAAUGUAGACAAACAGCCAAAAAGUGAGUGCUGUCGAGGAAUGAUACCUCCUGGCAUACAAAACCCAGGAAGUCCUUGUGCUUCACUUUGCCAUUUCUUUUUAUUACACCUCCUGUUCCUUUAGAAGUUAUGUGAUGGAAAAGAUGUUCUUUAGGUCCUAUCAUUUUUGUACUGGCAUUCCGGGUAAUUUUAAUGUCUAAUAGGCAUCUUUUGGGGAGUAUACCUUACCAUUAUUUUAUUUGCAUGCGUACAUAACUGAUAGAAAUUGAUUUCUGCUUUCAUCAGCUUAUAAAACCAUCAAGAGGGUAUUUUUCUGCAAAAGAAAAAAAAUAUCCCUCCCCUAUCUUAAGCAUUACUUGAGCUCAUUAUUAAUUGAAACGGUAUAUUAAAAGUAUAGGUAAAAAUAAAGCCUUCUCCCUCAGUCAGCAUUAUAAAUUAUAUUUUUCUGUUUAUCCGGAGGAGAGUGGCUAGGCAUGAAGUUAGAACAAAUAUUUGAAGUGUGGUAUUGACAAUGUAUUUCACCUUUGAUUUCCCCUGGAUUACAUGAGACUCCAUGAGCACUGUCUAACUUACAGUUGCCAGAUCCCAAAACCAAUGUUUUGAGAAAGAGUGCCUGAAGCUGGGCUCUGAAUGGUGUUUGAUGGAUACAACCCAAUUCUGUGAAGCACUGAGCAUAUGGACAAUGAACCUACCAAAGGAGAGGAUUUUCAGAAGUGCACAGGAGAUUUGGGAAAAUUCAGGUCGCUGAUGAAAAUGCCUUCUCUGGACAACCUGGUCCAAUUACGAAGAGGAAAAAUGUCAGCUCUGCUCAUUCAAGUUCUGGCUUAUUGUAAUUUUACUUCUAACCAAAUCAUGUCUUUGAGAAAAAGUAACUAUAUAUAUAUAUAUGUGCACAUAUGUAUAACAUGUAUGCAAGUAUAAUGUAUAACAAAGGAAUACACUGGGAUGUGUACCUAUGUUAAAUAGUGUCCAUAUGUGAAAUUUUAAUAUAUUGUAUAUAAAUGACCAUUUAUUAAGCCCUGAAAACUUACUAUGUUGGACGGGAAAGAAAGCUCUUAUUGUCAGUCAAGGACCAAGAAAUGAGGCAUUGGCAAAAAUAUGGGUUCUUUUACAGGUUUUUUUUUCUGAAAAAGGUUUGUGCAGUGGGUAUAAUCCACUGUGCUGAUUGCUGUAAUCAAACCUGGUAAUAAAAUAGCAGAUGG